AAUGACACAUACACACUAUCAUUUAUGAUUAUGACAGAUUGAUUGAUAAACAUUAAAGUAAUCAAUUGAAAUAUUUUCCAUCUAUUAUUGCUUAGUUAAUAUUAAAGUGGUAUGUAAAUAAUUUAUCAGUGGUAUGGUUACAAAGUUUACAACGUAUUCAAAAAAUGGAGACCUUAUACCUUCAAACAACUCAAUUAAUACAAGAAACUACGGAUUUGUUUCACAAAUUAGACAACGAACCAGAUGGGGAAAAAAUUGAAAUUGCUAUCCAGUCAAAAAUUAAUGCAAUUAGUGCAAACUGUGAGAAAUUGGACGUAAUGGUCUUUAAAACUCCUAUAAAUCAGAGGCCAAUGGCUAAAAUGAGAGUGGAUCAAUUGAAAUAUGACAAUAGACACAUACAGGCGUCACUAAACAAUGCUCAGAACAAGAGACGCAGACGUGAGCAAGAGAAGGCAGAGCGAGAACAGUUAUUGAGCAGAAGGUUUGGUCACGACCACACAGCUAUCACUGUGGACUACUUGGCUCAGGAACAGAACUCCUUGCAUAAUUCACAUAGGAAUGUUGACGAAAUGUUGCAUACAGGGUCAAACAUUUUGGACACGCUGAGAUAUAAUCGUGAAACAUUAAAAGGUGCUCAUCGAAGGCUAAUAGACCUUGCAAACACCUUAGGUCUUUCCAACGCCACCAUAUCCCUCAUAGAAAGAAGAGUCUCACAAGACAAAUACGUCCUCUUCGGAGGAAUGCUCGUCACUCUAGCUGUGAUUGUACUGGUGAUCAUAUAUCUUGUAUAAUGUAUAGUUAUGAGUAUUUGCGAAAUAAAAUCUUUUUAAAGUUCUGCUAAAGGAGAGUUAUUAAUAUAAUUAUAUAAACGUAUAGGAUAUAUUUGCGUCAUAGCGUUACAAAGAAACUGAAAUAGCUUUAAGUAUUCAUAGUUUUUGAAGAGGAAAUAUUAAAAUGUAUUGUUAUUAUA